AUAACUGAAUUCAUCCUCCUGGGGAUUUCUGAUGCAAGGGAGCUGCGAGUCCUCUUCUUCACCUUCUUCCUCACCAAUGCCAUGGCUCUGCUGGGAAACAUUCUCAUCAUUGUGGCAGUCAGGGCUGACCCCAACCUGUACUCACCCAUGUACUUUCUCCUCUGCAAUUUGUCCUUCAUGAACAUUUAUUAUGCCCCUGCCACCUCUCACAGGAUACUGAUGGACCUGCUCUCCCAAAGAAAGACCAUUGCCUUUGAGGGAUGUAUAGCCCAGCUGUCUUUUCUGAACUUUGUUGGGGCAACAGAGAUGUUCCUCCCAGCAGUGAUGGCAUACACAGCCAUCUGCAAACCCCUGCACUACACAGUCAUCAUAAGCCAGCAGGUGUGCUGGGUCCUGGUAUCUGCCUGCUGAGAACGGUGUUUCCUCUACUCCAUGGUCCAGAUGCUGCUCACAAUCCAGCUCACCUUCUCUGCCCUCAGUUUAAUUGACAGCUACUUCUGUGACAUGCCUCCAGUCAUCUGGCUGGCCUGCAUGGGCAUCUACAUCACUGAGUCGUUCAUGGCCUCUAUCUCAGAGUGGCCUGAGGGCUGCAUCACCACAGCCUCCAGCAGUGGCUUAAUAGCCCUGGUUUGCUUCCUGGUGCUGGUCACAUCUUAUAUGUUCAUCUCGGUCACAAUCAGGGUCCGCUUCACUGAGGGGCACUGGAAGGCACUCUCCACCUGUGCCUCACACAUCGCGGUCAUCACCCUCUUGUUUGUAUCCCACACCUACAUCUACCUCUGUCCCUUCUCUGUCUUCUACCAAGAAGAAACUGGAAAUAUGAAACAAGUCUUUCAACACUAA